AUGGAGGAAAAAAGUCAGAAGCAAGAAGAUGAAGAUAUAAAUAACCCGGUAAGUUUAUUAAAUUUUCAAGAAAAUCAAUAUUUUUGGGUUUUUUCAGUUCGAAAAGAUUCCAGUUGAAAUGAACCGAACUAUUUUGGAGUAUUUGGAUCCGAUCUCAAUAAUCAAUUUCGGAACAUCUGCGACGAUUUGCAAUAUUUUGAGCACAAUUUAUGAUGAUCGUGUUGUGGAAAUGACAUGGAAUGGAUUGGAAAAUAUCGAAAGCCGUCGAGUUUUUACUUUCCGCCUUCGGAAUUUUCCCCAUAUUUUGUAUAGUGUAAGAGUUAUCACAAAAGAAGAGCCAAAUCCAACUAUUGACAUUGCUCAAAUAUCCGAUGUUUUUGCCGAUUUUCCAAGGGUCCAGGAGGAGACAUUUUUGGUGACAAAAUUCUAUCUGAUAAGGUGAGGAUUUUUCAUUGAAAAUAGAUAUCAUAGAUAAUUUCAGGAGCGAUGAGGCUAGAAAUGUGAAUUCUAGACUUUGGGAUAAAGAAUUUCGAGGAAACAAGUUCAAUGUGGCAGUUCGAUAUUUUCUGGAAUUAUUGAGAAGAAAUCAGAAUUCAAUCAGAAAUCUGUCAAUAUUUUGUGAUAAUCAAAUGAGCCAAUUUAUGCAAAAAUUAUCAAUCAAUAGUUAUAAUUUAUUUUUUCCGAGAAAUCUGGAGACAAUCAAAGUUACUGGAAAUCUACCACAUUAUGAGAAGCUAUUCAUGAUUUCUGACGUCACAAUUGAUGGAACAAAGUUGAAUCUGGAAGCAUUGAGGAAUUUCAAUUCUUCAUUUCUUUGUUUAUCAGAAGCUACGAUAAGUUUGAAAGAUUUCAAAGAAUAUUUGGAAUUAUGGAGCCAAGGAGAACUUCACGAAAAUUUGGAGAAAAUUGAGUGGAUUGCUCUUGUUACGAUAAUGUCUCGACCACCGAUUGAGGAACAUAUUUUUGAAUCUAGUUUUGCUGACAGAAUUGGACCGCGUGUAAGAAGACCAGAAGGAAAUUCUCAAAGAUUUGAAAUUAUCGCGAAUAUUCUGGAAAGAAAUUAUCGAUUGAUUGGAGUGUUUGUUGAGAAUCUUCGAAUUGUUGGAAGUCAAUUGUUUAACUCGAAAGUUAUUGUUGAGAAGAAGCCAAUUGAGUAA